AGCUAAGUCUAUGGGACCGAUUUGUAUUGAUGGCAUAUGGUGGAUCAUUUCCACCUCAGAGUUUUAAAGUGAAUCCUGAUCUUGCUGGCUUAAAACAACUAUGAAAUCUUUGUUGAGAAUGAGGACCUCCGUUGGAUUCUCAUUGAUACUGACCUAACCAUGGCGAACAUCCAAAUUGGGAUGAUGUUUUUGCAUCAAUUGCUAGUUUCCUCGGGUAAAGACAAACAAUACGAAUUUCUUUGCCCACAUUACACUAAUGAUAAAGAGACCACCAAAGAGGCAAAGGAGGCAUAUAUGAACUAGAGGCUCAGUGAAGGCGAAAAGGAGUGUUAUUUUUCCAUAUUUCUCAAUCUGUAAGUAAAUAUAUUUGAAUUUAUUCAUAAUGGUAUCGAAUAUUUGCUUAAAUGACUUUUUUUUUUGCAGUACACACUGGCAAUUGAUAGUGUUUUUCGAUGAAGAGCAAUUCUAUAAUCUUUUUAUGCUCUUUGCAUCGUAAACUCAAUCCAGCAAUGAAAAAAUCUUGCGAGCAGGCUAUGAGGAUUGGCCAGCAAGUCCGGUUGGGCAAGGCCCCACGUGAUGUCAAGGAUCCUACAUGGAUAACACCAAAGAGCCAUCGGCAACCCCCUAUUAAUUUAUACGGCUUUUAUGUAUUGAGACAUGCAUACAAUAUCAUCACCGCUGGCUUGACUGAGUUCACUGAGGAGAUGUUCAAUGAUCCAUCUCCAUUUUCGGAUUCAGAGAUCUAUCAAAUAAGGCAACAUUGGGGACUCUUCAUGUUUGAUUUUCAUAAUAAUCAUCCUUUGGAAGAGUGAACUAUGUAGUUGUAAAUAUUAGUAAAUAUAGUUGUGUGUAGGAUUACUUAGUUGACAAUUUAUGUUUUAUGUGUUUGGAAUUGUACACAAUUUUAAAUUCAUUUGAUUUGAACAAUAUAUG